UCGAUAGUCAAUGAUGAGCGGAAAGCCUUGAGACAAACAUUGGUCCAUGGAAUGUAACGCAUAAUCUUAAAGGAAACGGGUUUUUAGAUUCCUGUUUUAGUUCAAAGUGAUACUUUGUGUUGAACGCAAGUGUAGCGGACUAAUUUUUAAAAUAACCAUGGAUAAUUUGAGUGAAAGGGACAGAGCAGUUUUGAGAAGUAUUUUUGAUCCAACGGCUACCAUAGGGGAUGUCGUUGAUGAUGGCGAUAAUUUUGAAGAAGAAGUUGAGCCAGCCACAGACGAGGUCAAGCAGUCUACAGCGCUGUGCACACAGGGCGUGCAACUAGCAGAGGCAGGGAAGCUGGAUGAAGCGCUCCAGCUGCUGAAUAAAGCGGUGGAGGCCGCGCCAGCCAGGGCCGCCGCGUAUAACGACCGCGCGCAGCUGUUGCGGCUUAUGCAGAAGGAUGAUGAAGCGAUGGCAGACCUCGACCGCGCGCUUCAACUAACCGAAGGCAGCAAGAGCCGUGCGCGCGCGCUCACGCUUUGUCAGCGCGGCGUGCUUCUACGCAAGCGCGGGCUAGACGACGCAGCGCGCGCAGAUUUCGCCGCCGCGGCUGAGUUGGGCAGCGGGUUCGCGAAGAAACAGGUAGUGGAACUGAAUCCAUACGCAGCCCUUUGCAACCAGAUGCUGAGUCAAGUGAUGAGAGGUGAAAAGGAAAUCAAGUUAUAAAGUUAUUUUUACCACAAAUAGUGAGUCUCUUUAAAAGUACCUAAUUUUAAGUGGCCAUUUGAUUUUGAUCAUGAUUUGUCAUACAAGACCUAUUGAUUUGAUUGUUUUAGGGCUAAUAAUGGUCUGUGACUACCCUUAGUCCCCUUAUGCCCCUGCAUAAGAGUUGCUAAUAUGUACAGUCGCGGAAUGAAAAGGUUCGUCAGUUUUCAAAUUGAUUCCUUCAACGAAUCGCGAGCACAUAUUACCUUUUGAAACUAUGUUACAGAAUAAUCUCGAGUUAGAGAAAAUAAUCUUUAACUGUUCGUCAGUAAAGUUCAAAAUUAUUCAGAUCAAAGUUGUUUGACGAUUUAUCUUGUCAAGAAGAUUAUUAUGAUUGAUAAACUUAAACCUUCUUGUUGGUUCAACCUGCCAUUAUUAUUUCUAUUAAAUUAAAAAAAACUACAUUUUAUAACAUUGCAGAUGGGAUAGAAAAAUAAACGAGCAAAACCUUAUUCGUUAGCAAACGUCAUAUUUAUUUAAAUGUUAGCAGCACUGUUUCUUGCACGGUUAUGUUGGCAAGUUUGACUCUUACAGUAUCUAGUGCAAGCGAAAACCGACACUAAGAUGACGAACCUUUUCAUUCCGCGACUGUACCUACUAUUAUUACAGUAUCAUCUACUUACCGUGUAUAAGGAGAUAGGUACCUACUUCCAACGAUUAAAAUAGAUUUAAAAGGAAUGUUUGAAAGUAUCGAAAUAAAACACACAAAAUCUAAUGGAUUAGAAAUUUAUAUUGUUGAGUACAAUCGACAUUUACAUCCGAAAACCCUCAACCAGAGACAAUCUCCGGUGCUCCCGCUAAAUCUCCCGCCCAAAUUGGAAAGUCUCAUACAUUUCAAAAUGACGAAUGUAAUGCUACAAAUCGAAAUACUGUACUACACUAUAAUAAUAGAAUAUGUAAUAAAAUGUCAUAAAAGAUCA